UUCCUCGUCGUCAGCUUGUUCGGGGUCUGUAGAAAUGGCAUCAGUUUCCAUUAUCAACCUUCCAGCCCACUCGGCGCUGAUUAAUGUGGUCAAGGUUCAAAACUGGGACUUUGCUACGGCCGCGAAAGCAAGCAUAGGAGGACUCCUUCCCUUCAUUGAAGAGCACAACCUUCGCCCACUUUUGGCUUCUUCACCCGCCUCAGUCGGCCUGUGCUCCCGCAAAUUCAUAGAUGGCAGACCAUCUCUCUAUGCAAUGGGAUUCAUUGCUCCAAAUGAGUCGGACAUCCCGGCCUCUGUUCCGCGCGUGUCUGGAGACACGUCUGCCGAAGGUCUUGCUCUGUUGACAUUCCCGGCUGGAGAGUGGGCAACUUUAAAGCUCAAGGGGUCGUAUGCAGGAAUUGCUGGUGCUUUUGACACAGUAGUGGAAUUUGUAAAGGAAGAUGGUAGGGAGGUGGACUCUGAGCGCGUAUUCUGUGAGAGGUAUCUGAAUGACUGUCGCAAGGUGGACACGGAGGAUUUAGAAACCGAUAUUCUAGUGCCCAUCAAAUAGAUGUAUCAACAGCAAUGGUUCUGUAUAUAUACAAUAGUUAACCAUGCUUAACAUGCCCGUUCAAGUUGCAUAUAUGGAU